AUGCCCCUUUCCAGUACCUGUCAGAAUUGUGCCAAGUCCAAGGUCCGGUGUGUACGGAAUACUGCAGAAUCAGAUAUCUGCUCUCGGUGUGCACGGUUGAACAAGCAAUGUACAUAUCGUGAGACCGGUCGGCGGUUUAAGGGCUUCAAAAAAGACCGGCAGAUAGAAGCUCUUGAGUCAAAGAUUAAUGAACUCAUGACUAACUCCGAAUCAACUCCAGCAAACCCAACAGUCCUUGAAAGUGCUAUAUGCAGUCCAACUGGCGAAGAAACUGACAAGGACAGGAUGGACGUUAUUGCACGCGGUCUACUAAAUAUGGAAACUGCCCAGUCUUUCAUAGAUAUUUAUAAGACGGAAAUGGCGUUACAUUUUCCGUUCGUUGUUAUCUCACCGCAGGUCGCUGCCGCAGAUCUUCGGCAAGAAAAGCCAUUUCUCUUCUUAGCUUUACUCGCAUCUGCGGCAUACUCCAAUAUGCCACUGCAGAGAGUGCUAGGUAAGGAGAUCAAGAGAAUCAUUGCUUCUCGCAUGAUUAUGCGCGGAGACGUUUCAUUUGAGUUGCUACAGGGAAUGCUGGUCUUUCUGGCUUGGUCCCAUUAUCACUCGCGACCCCAUCGAUAUACGCAGUUUCUACAGCUGGCUAUAGGUCUUCUGGUUGAGCUGCGGUUGGAUCGACCACCACAAACGAAAACAUGGAAAACAGCACUUAGAUUUGAUAAAGAAUAUGCACUCGACGAUGAAAACUAUGUUCGCCCAUCCUGGGGCCUUGAGGAGCAGAGAGCCGUUGUUGGAUGCUAUUACCUGUCAUCCACCAUUUCCAUCCUUCUACACAAGCCGUCUUGCUUCCCAAAUAUAGCUCCAUAUCUCGAACAAUGCUGCCAGUCUCUACACAAUGAAGGUGACCUCGCUCAUGACAAGCACAUUAUGCACAUUUUCCAAUUGCAGGUUAUUGCGGAAAAGAUUAACAAUCUGUCUUGGAAACAUGGCAUCGAGCUGAUAGAUUACGCGGCCAGCUUCCUGUUGACUUUUAUGAAACUCGUGAGUAUCCCCCUAAACCCGCCUUUAACGUAUGAGCUCUAUACAACAGAGCUAUGCUUGUACCAAGUCAGCAUUUCUCAGCAGAGCACACUAUCUUCUAGGUCGGCAUGUUCCAUAGUCUCUGAGACCUGGUGGAACGAGAUCUUCUGUUCUGGCCUUACUGCGGCAGAUAAUAUUCUAAAUAUGUACAUGGAGCUACCGAUAGGGUGCGAACAGGGGUUCAACAACACACAAUGGGUACAAAUGGCUUUCUGCAUCCUGGUUGCUUGUAGGCAAAUUGUUGCAGCUUCACGGAUGGGAAAAGCAGCCCUAAUUCCACAGAGUCGUACAUGGCCGGAAACUCUAGGAAAACUGCGGCAGCGCCUAGCAGCGUUAUCUACAACGCACGUGGACCUGGAUGGCGAUCGAGACGUCUUUGUCGACUUUGAGAAACGCGUUGCUCGCAUCCAGGGCUGGUUUUCUUCCAACUUCGAAAACCAAGAAGCAACCUACCCUUCUCAGCGCCUUGCCGCAAGACAAAAUGUUGGCCUGGAUACCACACCAGGGCUGUCGUAUGACGCUACAAUUGGACAGUUAGACAUGCCCGGGGAUCCGUCAUUGACUGGCUAUGAUUUCCAAUUAGCUGCAGAAUUCUUCCUUCCUCCCAAUCUGGACAUGAUGACUGGGCCGGCAUUCCCAGCAUUCACGCUCGACAAGAACUCGACGACAUUGACAUCUGCCCUGGCAAACCUCACCGGGCAAUUCGAUGAACUAUAUAUCCAAGGGUCUGGUUCUCACGGAGAAGUCUAUCCCAAUACCACAUCGUUCAGUGUAUCGCUUUUCUCCACCAAUCAGGGAAGUGCCAGUGCAGAUCCAUUCUUCUUCGAUUAUCAUUACACUGCUCCUUCACUGCGCAACUCAUCCAGCCAGAUUCAACAUGUGAAUCAGGACAGCAUCUACCGCAUCGGUGGACUUACCCAGAUCUUCACAAUCUGGACUAUUCUUGUUGAGGCCGGGGAUACCAUCUGGAAUGAUCCUGUGACGAAAUAUCUUCCUGCACUAGCCGAAACUACGGAGAGUGCGAAUGUAACGCAGGAUCCUAUUCAAUAUGUGGACUGGAAGGAUAUUACUGUGGGCCAACUAGCCAGCCAUAUGUCAGGCCUGCCUAGGGACUACUGUGUGAAUGGCAUAGAGAAAGAGGGUUACAGCAUCAAUGACGGCUUGCCAUCGUCCGCUGGCACUGGUGGUACUUGCACACGGAGUAAUUCAUCUCAAGCCGAAACCCUCGGCACUUUAGCUCAUCUUCCGCCAGUUGCUCCUCCUGGGGUAACCCCCAUAUACUCCAACGUUGGAUUCCAGAUUCUAGGCUACAUCAUAGAAAAGGUCACGGGCCAACCAUUCAACGAUGUUCUCAAAAGUCGCAUCCUCCAGCCACUCGCCCUCACUAACACCAGCCUGCACACCCCUUCAAGGAACUCAGCCGGUAUCAUCCCAACAGACCCCAAAACUAGUGGUUGGGCCCUCGCGAUGUACUCAACAAUCACCGAUCUCUCCACCGCCGGAAAGGCAAUCCUCAACUCAACCCUCCUAACCGAGGCUCAAUCAAACCGCUGGCUGAAGCCGGUCACCCACACGUCCAACCCAGCCAACUCCCUCGGCUACCCCUGGAUCAUCUACAGCAGUGGAGACUACCCCGACACCUCUAUGAUCGACAUUUAUACCUACUAUAGCAGCAUUGGACAGUACAGCUCCUACAUAGGUCUCGUGCCAGACUAUAACGUCGGGUUCGCCGUUCUUGCAACCGACAGCGUCUCCGCGCCGGACCUGAAUGCGCACGCUGAUAUCAUCGGCGAUGUUAUCUUGCCUGCGUUGAUGAAGACGGCGGUUAAGCAGGCCGGUGCUCGGUUUGGUGGCGAGUAUAAAGCUUCUUCUGGGCUUAAUUCGUCGAUUACAGUCUCUGUUGAUAGGUUGCCUGGUAUGUUCGUCGACAGGUUCGUCAGCAAUGGGACAGAUUUCAGGGAGACCCUGGCUUCGUUGAUUGGGGUUAAGGACCCGGAGGCGUUGAGUAUCAGGUUGUAUCCAACCGGCCUGGUUUCGAGCACGGAGUCAGGUGGCUCCAGGGUGGCGUUCAGGGCUGUUUUGCAGGAUAAGAAUGAGCUUGCUGAUGCUGGGACGCCGACUUGUGUUUCGUGGAUGGAUGUGGAUAAGCUAAAGUAUAAUGGUCGUGCCUUGGAUUUAUUUGUUUUUGUGCUCGACAGUGAUGGGAACGCUGUUGGAUUGGAGGUUCCUGGCUUGGUGCUGCAGUUGAAUAGGGAGAAUUAG